AUGGUGGAGAGGAUUUACCCCUUCUACCCCAGAGGAUAUUUUACAAUAUCUGGAGACAUUUUUGGAUGUCGCAAUUGGGGGAGCAUUACUGGCAACUAUUUGUGUGAACAGUAUCUAGGGGAAGAAGAAAGGGAGGAGCUUGCUUUCCCUGAUCUGUAUACUUUCAGGCUCGGAACCCAGGCUUCUUGUGGUGCCCGUGAGUCAGGUGCUCAGCUGGAUUUUCUUGGCAUUUCAGAUAGAAAGAUCUAUGUGAUAAAGGAGAAGAGAGAACGCACUUGUCUGGUCCUCAUCAUCUGUAACAUAGAGUUUGAGCACCUCUCAAGGCGAAAUGGAGCUGAACAUAACAUCAUAGGGCUGAAAGGGCUGCUUGAGGACCUGGACUACAGUGUGAAUGUGGAAAAGAACCUCACAGCCACAGAGAUGGAGUCAAAACUAGUGGCAUUUGCUGCCCGCUCUGAGCACAAGUCCUCUGACAGCACAUUCUUGGUAUUCAUGUCUCACGGUCUACUGCAUAAACUCGUUGGGAUUAAGCAUAGUGACAACAAACCUGAUGUAUUGUUUUACGACACCAUAUUCCAAAUAUUCAACAAUCCCAAAUGCACCCAUCUGAGAGACAAACCCAAAGUCAUCAUCAUCCAGGCCUGCAGAGGCGAACUCUGAAGGGAGGUAUGGGUCAAUGACUCUCCAGCAUCCUCAGCAAACAGCUCUUCACAGUCACCAAAGAACCUGCAGAAUGAUGGUGUCCACAAGACCCAUGUGGAGAAGGACUUUGCUGCUUUCUGCUCUUCAACACCACAUGAUGUUUCCUGGAGAAAUGAAAGUGGUUCUGUCUUCAUCACACAACUUAUAAAUUGUUUCCAAAAACAUGCUUGGUGUUGUCACUUGAUAGAAAUAUUUGGGAAGAUAAGUUCCAUAUGCUGUGUUGCACUCAUUUAUUCAUAUUUUACUCCAGUUUUCAACAACUGUGAUGAUGAAGCAAGUGGCCGCUAG